AAAAGAAAUGGCAAGUGCAUAUAAUUUAGUAGUUUUACUAAUCGUUUGUAGUGGAAUAGUAUUAGCUAAUGGUGAUGAUAAGAGUCUGGGUGACAAGUGUGGUGUGGAGUUUCAAAAGGUGGCUGCAUGUUUGACAUACGCGACGGGGAAGGCCCCGUCGCCAUCGAAGGAGUGUUGUGAUGCGGCGGAGGAUAUAAAAGAUCAUGACCCGGUUUGUUUGUGUUACAUAAUAGAACAGAUCCAUAAAGGAUCAAGUCCUCAGUUGAAGAGUAUGGGAAUUCAAGAAGAAAAAUUGCUUCAGCUUCCUUCUGCUUGCAAGCUCACGAACGCUAGUAUUUCUAACUGUCCUAAGUUACUCAACAUUCCUCCAACUUCUCCCGAUUAUGCGAUCUUCACCAAUGCGACCAGCAAAUCGCCUGUAUCCACCACACCUUCAUCAUCAUCAUCAUCAUCACCGGAUACUAACAAAGACGUCUCGAACGGAUUCAAGAACGGACCCCAACUUUCAGUCACCGGAACAGUUGUGGCUGCUGCACUUGUUGCAAUCUUUUUAGCUGUAAUUCCUAGGGAGCUACUAGUAUUUUGAUUGUCAAACGUACUUUUGCCUUUAAUUUCCUUAAAGUUUUUGGUUGUAGCUCGUCUUGUCUUGUUUUAAUGAAUUGAUGUACGUUACGUAUGGAUUUAGUUUGCUGGUACGCACGAGACUAAGGAGCAGUUUGACCAUGUGAAUUAUUCAACUUUAUGUUUUUUGCUUUAUUUCAAAAUCAAUGUUUAGUUAUAAAUUCUCUAA